AGCUUUUCACCCGUAUCCUGUCACUCACUCAGGCGCGCUGUGGGCAGCCCUUCGAGGUCCUUGUAGCGGGCCAAGAUGGCUGCCCCCGCAACGCGUCGGUGGUCGAGCCUGGCCCUGGGAGUGAGGCGUGCUGUCUGGAAUCUUCCAGGGAUAACACAGGUGAGGUGUAGCCGCUAUGCCCCUGAAUUCAGAGAUCCCUUGAUUGACAAGGAAUAUUACCGUAAGCCGGGAGCGGAACUCACGGAAGAGGAGAAAUAUGACCAGGAGCUCAAGAAAACCCAGCUCAUCAAAGCUGCCGCGGCAACCGAGACAAGCUCGGUGUUUGCAGACCCUGUCAUCAGCAAAUUCACCAACAUGAUGAUGAAAGGCGGCAACAAAGUACUGGCCAGAUCCCUCAUGACGCAGACUCUUGAAGCUCUGAAAAGGAAGCAGUUUGAGAAGUACCGCGCUGCCUCUGCAGAGGAACAGGCCACCAUUGAACGUAACCCCUAUGUGAUCUUCCACCAGGCGCUGAGGAACUGUGAGCCUGUGAUUGGCUUGGUGCCUAUUCUCAAAGGGGGCCAUUUCUACCAGGUCCCUGUGCCUCUAGCUGACCGACGUCGCCGAUUCCUGGCUAUGAAAUGGAUGAUCACAGAGUGCCGGGAGAACAAGCCGCGGCGGAUGCUGAUGCCCGAGAAGCUGUCGAGUGAGCUGCUGGAGGCUUUUCAUAACAGGGGGCCCGUGAUCAAGAGGAAACAUAACAUGCACAAGAUGGCAGAGGCCAACCGAGCCCUGGCCCACUACCGCUGGUGGUAGCAGGAAAGACGGGUGGACAAGUCCAGGACACACUGCCACAAAUC